AUGGACCCUGGGCCAGGCAGCCCUGCCUGGAGUGGCCGGGACCAGUAUGGCCGGUACCGGCAGCGACGGCUCCAGCUGCCUCCGGUGCCGGUGCCGGUGCGGUGGGCGAGAACGGUGUGUGCUGGGGGCCACAUCGCCAAGACCUUGGGGUACCUGGAGCUGGGCACCUCUGGCCUCCUCAAAGAUGUCCCCUACGGCACCUUGAAGCCCCCGAUGCUCGACCCCAGGAAGCUGAUUCCAGCUGAGCCCCCCCAGGGCGCGGGGACCCCCUUGGGCGCUGGUCGGAGCCCCUGGGACUGGCAGAAGAACCAGACGACGGGGGACCUGCCCAGCCCCCGCGCCCGCCGUAAGCCCACGCUCAAAUCCGGCCGCACCAAGAAGAUUUUCGGUUGGGGCGACUUCUACUUCAACAUCAAGACGCUCAAGUUCAGCCUCCUGGUGACGGGGAAGAUCGUGGACCACAUCAACGGCACCUUCAGCGUUUAUUUCCGCCACAACUCCUCCAGCCUGGGCAACGUCUCCGUCAGCAUCGUGCCCCCUUCCAAAGCGGUGGGUUUCGAGGUGUUGGUGCCAGCCCCCCCGCCGCUUCCCUUUUCACCCCCUCAACAGAGCACCUUACCCGAAGGGCGCCCGGUCAAGGCCCUCAACUGCCACGUGGAGUACGAGAAGACCAACCGGGCGAGGAAGAACAAGCCUUGCUUGUACGACCCUUCCAAGGUGUGUUUCACCGAGCACACGCAGAGCCACGCCGCCUGGCUCUGCGCCAAGCCCUUCAAGGUCAUCUGCAUCUUCAUCUCCUUCCUCAGCAUCGACUACAAGUUGGUCCAGAAGGUCUGUCCCGACUACAACUUCCAACACGACAACCCCUAUUUCGGCUGACGGCCCGGCCGGCCGGCGGGCACCAGAGCUGGAGGCGGAUGGGGCCUUGGGGGGUUUGGGGGGGGGUCCUACACCCUGUCCCCACUGCACGGUGUCCCCCAUC